AUAGUACAAGCAUCACAGAAACCCAUCAAUGAGUUUGUUUUUUAAUGAGUCAUCAAAGAACUUUGGAAAUGUUUCUGGGAAUCAAACUGCUGUCACCCCUUCCAAGGUCCCAAACAGCUGGAUUUCACAUCCUGGUCUGAGGGUCUCUGGCAGAACGUAGGAUGGACUCAAGAGGAUCAACAUGGAAAUACUCCCUUUGAUUCCAGCGAUUAAGUGAAUGUACUUUUAAACUGCACAUCUCUUUUCUCAGCAACAAAGCUCUCUUGUGUGUUUUUUUACCCCCAGGCUGGACAACUGAUAUUGUUUCUCAGGAGGAUCAGACAUGGCCAAAGGAUUGCUGAUCUCCAAAACCCUGGCUGCUGCCACUGCCAUCCUUACAGUCUCUUCUGUUUGUGGUUUGGUGUUGAUGCUUGUGAUAUACCAAAUUCAAAUUGGAAAAAAUGCUCCAGUGCCUCCACCAAGUCCAGUUCCUUCAACAGCAAUUCCAUCAGGACCUCCACCAUCUCUCAGACUUCCUGACAAUUUGAUUCCAGAGAGCUACAACGUCUUUCUCCAGCCUUACUUUUAUGUAGAGGUGCUUAACAAUACAGAACAAUCCUUCGUUUUCAAGGGAAAUUCAACUGUGAGGUUGAAGUGCAUGAAAAAGUCCAAGAGCAUCUUCCUUCAUGUUCGGUACCUCAAUGUGACAGAUGUUGAAGUGACAAAUUCUGAUUCGAAUGAGAAAAUAUCAGUGAUGAGAUAUGAAGUACAUUACAAUGAAAGUAAUUUCCUGGAGAUUCAACUCAAUGAUGUGCUAUUAAAUGGGACCUACUAUGAUCUGUUCACUGCAUUUGUCGGCGAACAUCUUGAUGAUUUGUCUGGGUUUUAUCUGAGCCAGUACAAAGUGAGGGGAAAAGAAGAAGAGGAUGAAGAGAGAUUCCUUGCCGCCAGCCAGAUGCAACCCACAGAUGCCAGGAAAGUAUUUCCUUGCUUUGACGAGCCAGCUCUGAAAGCUGUGUUUAAUAUUACCAUUAUCCACAGACUUAACACUAUUGCCCUGUCUAACAGCUUAGCAGAUUCAAAGUUUGGGACAAUAGAUGGAGAAAAAUGGGUUAUUUCCACAUUUGAGCCGACCCCUGUCAUGUCAACCUAUCUAUUGGCUUUCUCUGUAUCUGAUUUUGAGUUUAAAAUGAUAACUUCGGGGACAAAAAUAUCAACAUAUGCUCGACCUGAUGCUAUUGAUGCUGGCCAUGCUGACUAUGCAACAGAAAUAGCAGGGUUGAUUCUAGACCACUAUGAGAAAACAUUUGGAUUGAGAUACCCAUUGGAAAAACUAGAUCAGAUUGCUUUGCCAGACUUCAGUGAAGGAGCAAUGGAAAACUGGGGUUUAAUUGCAUAUCGGGAGGCAGGCCUGCUGUAUGACAAAGAUACGUCAUCUAACUUUGAUAAAGAAUGGGUGGCUACUGUGAUUGCUCAUGAAUUAGCACAUCAGUGGUUUGGAAACCUUGUCACAAUGAGCUGGUGGAAUGACCUGUGGCUGAAUGAAGGAUUUGCAACAUAUAUUUCGUACUUAGGUGUAGAAGCUGCUGGCUGGGAUUUAAAAGAUCUAAUUGUUCUCAGAGAGAUCCAGACAGCCUUUGAAGUGGAUUCCAUGAACACCUCUCAUCCUCUCAGCUUGCAUGAAAGCAAUAUUGAAACUUACUCUGACAUCAUUGAACAUUUUGAUGACAUCACCUACAGCAAGGGUGCUGCUGUGUUGAGAAUGCUGUCUACAUUAAUGGGAGAGGAAGAUUUUAUGAGAGGAAUCAAGAAUUAUCUCUACAAGUUCCAGUACAUGAACACGAAGUACACAGACCUUUGGAAAUGUUUGCAAGAGGUGACGACCAAAAAUGUGGCAGGCUUCAUGGGCACAUGGAUUGAGCAGGUGGGGUAUCCAGUUAUCACCAUUAUUACAGAGACUGGGGAGAUCUCCCAAGAACAGUUUUUACUAAAGCAAACACAGGGCCAUGGUACUGCAUGGCAGGUUCCAGUCAGAUCUGUUAAAUCUGAUGAUCUUGAGAAAGUGGAUGGGUAUAUAUUGAGAGUAAAUGGUCCAGUUCAAAAGCCAGAAUAUCAAAUUACUGAUGAAAAAUGGCUUCUGGCCAACAUAAACUGCACUGGCUUUUUCCGUGUGAACUAUGAUGAAAAAAACUGGAACAGACUUCUUAGGCAACUCGAAAGUGCUUAUCAUGUCAUUCCACUCAUCAACCGAGGACAGCUCAUCGAUGAUGCUUUUAAUCUGGCAAGGGCUGAUCGCCUCAACAUCACUAUUGCACUAAGCCUAACCAAGUUCCUGCUAAAUGAUACUGAGUAUAUUCCAUGGGAGUCUGCAAUAAAAAACCUGGACUAUUUAAUUCUUAUGUUCGAUCGUUCUGAGGUCUAUGGUCCAAUGACGAAAUACCUACGCAAGCAAGUCGCACCAUUAUACAAGUAUUUUAAGAACAACACAGAUAAUGGAAGCAUUCCUGAGCGCCACACUGACCAGUAUAACCAAGUAAAUGCCAUUUCAAUGGCCUGCAGCAAUGGCCAUUUCGAAUGCAUCACAAUGGCUACAAAACUGUUCCAUGAUUAUAAAAAUGGCACAAAUCGGAUUCAUCCAAAUUUAAGGGCAUCCAUAUAUUGCAGUGCAAUAGCUGCAGGUGAUGAAGAUGAUUGGGAAUUUGCUUGGGAAGAGUUUCAAAGGGCCACAGUUGCUUCGGAGAAAGACAAAUUGAGAUAUGCCCUGUCAUGUACCAAAGAAAUCUGGCUACUAAACAGAUACCUUCAGUACACUCUUGACCCUGCAAAGAUAAGAAAGAUGGAUCUCAUCUCUACCAUAAACUACAUUGCCAAAAAUGUCGCCGGACAGCCUCUUGCCUGGGAUUUUGUUCGUGGUCAGUGGUCCUACAUAACAGAAGAUUAUGGAGCUGGUCUUAUAUCCUUAGGCAGUCUGAUAGAUGGCGUGACAAAGAGAUUCUCAACAGGUUUUGAACUUAAACAGCUAAGACAGAUACAGCAGGAGCAGGAAGAGGAUGAUCAGGAGUUUGCAAAUAGAGCUUUGGAGCAGGUCAUUGAAAGGACAGAGGCCAAUAUUAAGUGGGUGACUGAAAACAAGCAGGCUGUUUUGGACUGGUUCAGCGAGAGCUGAAGGAUCAUUGAGUUCCUGUAGGUCUGCAGAAUCAAGAAAAUACACAGUGGAGCCAGUACAAUAAAAAACAGAUGUAAAGGCAUUCCACAAUGAUGGCACAACACUCCUGUGGCUCAGUGAUGGCUUUUAACAAAAGAGGACUUUCACUGGAAAAUUAUUUAUGUUAUAGAGUAGUUAAAAUUAGCUUCUGUGAAUAUCAGAGAAAAGGUCAUAAUGAAGUUGUUUAGUCCUUUCAGACAGCUUAAUUUAUUGCUUUUCAUUUGAUUUAACUUUGUUUAGGCUUUUAUUACUUACUCAGUAUUGUUUACGGUGAUAAAACCACAUUUAGGACUGCACAUAAAAAAGCCAUUAAGCAAGCACAAAGAGCAGAAUGAUCUUAAAUUAUAUACAGCUGUAAGUUUGUAUUCUUUUUUUAGAAAAUAUAUAUAAAUGAUUAUACAAGCAAGUAUUUUGAAAUAUUACUUUUUUAAUAAAAUCAUAGUCAUAAUUUUGUUGAUCACAGUGAUAUUGAUGAUAUUGAAAACUGUUUGGCAAAGCUUGUGAUGAGUGCUUCCAUGAUACUUAAGCAAAUAUUUUUUAUCAUCAAACAUUUUAGGCUUUAAAUAAAGU